UUGCAGACUUUCAGAUCAUCUCUAUCUUUAUAUAUAGUGAGAUUGAGAAGAAGAUCAGAUAAGCUAAAAGCUUUAGUUUCCACUUCUAGCAGUUACUUGGCUACAAAGUAUGGCUGGUUUCUCUGGUCACUGGGCUUUUGUAUUUGGAGUGUUUGGAAAUAUCAUCUCCUUCUUCGUGUUCCUUUCUCCACUGCCUACGUUCUACCAGAUAUACAAGAAAAAGACGACAGAAGGGUUCCAGUCAAUCCCCUAUGUUGUCGCCCUGUUCAGUGCCAUGCUGUGGAUUUACUAUGCUUUUCUCAAGUCCAACACCACACUUCUCAUCACCAUCAACUCCUUUGGCUGCUUCAUCGAAACCAUUUACGUUUGUUUCUACCUCUUCUACGCCACCAAGAAAGACAGGGUACAAACCCUGAAGCUACUACUUCUUAUGGUAGUUGGUGGCUUUGGUGCCAUAGUUCUUGUCACCCAAUUUCUAUUCAAAGGCAUAAUCCGUGCCCAAGUCGUAGGAUGGAUUUGUCUCGUGUUCUCUUUGUGCGUAUUUGUCGCCCCAUUGUGCAUUCUGAGACAAGUGAUACGAACUAAGAGUGUGGAGCACAUGCCGUUUCUGCUAUCCGUUUUUCUCACCUUAAGUGCAGUUGCAUGGUUCUUCUAUGGCUUACUUCUUAAAGACAUGAACAUUGCUGUUCCAAACGUUUUGGGAUUCAUCUUUGGAAUUCUGCAAAUUGUGCUGUACGCUGUGUACAAGAACAAAAAGACAUCAUCAUCACCGGAAGUGUCACUGGAAAACCCUGCAACGACAACAAUUGUGGAAGACAAUAAAAAGCAGAAACAUCAUCUUCCAGUAGCUGAGUUGACAGAGGAACAGAUCAUCGACAUAGUGAAGCUUGGAUCUCUGGUUUGUUCCGAGAAAAUUAACGUUGUUUCCUGCAUCAAAGACUGGGGAGCUGCUGAAUCGUCCAAGGUUGAUAAUUAUAAGGUGCAAGCUGUGAAAGUGUGAACUGAUCUGAUUGAUUUUUCAGGUUUCUGGAAGUCCAUGCAUGCAUGCAUGAAUGGGUCUGAUUUGAUCUGUAUGCAUUUUCAUGUCAUCUCUGUACGUAAUAAUGUAUUGCAAAUCAAAAUGUAUUCUAAAAAAUUGGUUUAGUGGUGUAAGGUCUGCUGAGGAUAUAAAUACAACGUAUUGUAUUCUAUGAUUAAAAUAUUCCUAUUUUUAGACUGUUA